UCCAUCCUCGUCCCCCGCCACCUCGACCCGAUGAGACGAUCGUUCUCCUCCUCGCUCCUGCGUUGGCUGCUCCUCCGCUCGCGCCAUCAUUUGAGUAGCAGAGACUGAGGAGUGAGUGUCGCCCUUUUCCGAGCCAAAAACCGCGCCUGUGUGUUUUCCACUCCGCCUGGAAAAUCUGAAGAGAACGCGGUUCCUCACCUGCGACCAUCCAGUGUUUUUUUUCCACCGUGUCUUCGUCCGCUCUGUGGUUGCGUAAGUGUAGUGGUCAGUGUCUCUGCGUAGCUUUGUGCCGCUCUGGUUCAAACGGAGCAAGUGAUCUUUUCGUUGUGCGGUUCGCAGGAAUGUUUACACUGCGAUAAACCCAAGUGUUUGUGUGACUUAUUUUUAUUUCGUUUCUUUACCAACAUUGCUGCCACGUAGCAGGACGGGUGGGCUAUUUUGGGCCCCGUUCGUUCCACUAUUGCAGCCCGUUAGAACGUCCGCGACCGUAGGAUUCCGAACCUGCUGCCACUAGAGCCUUGGUUUUCCUCGAGUCCGACCGUUUUUCUCGAAUACGGUUCGGUUUCCGGCAGAGGCAACAGUGUGACGAGUGAUUCGGAUUGAUUCAGACAAGUGAUUGGAUUUAAGUGCCAUUUUCGGAUUAUUUCCUGUCAUUGGGACUCUAUUAUUCGAUUGCAUGGGAUUCCAAAAUCGCUAGAAUUUUCAACCUAUGGCUGUAUAAGGAUGUUCCAGAGAUUAGUCCUAUCAGCGCCAACUAUGCGCUGGCUCCCUUGUACGGCAGGAUAAUCGAUAAUUCGUUUGUAAGAUUCCAGUAGAGCAGGGCGAACCUGCAGGUCAUGGAUGUCACCUUCACAAACGUUUUGGAAGGAGCGCGGCAGUAUUUCCAGGGACUUCCUAUAAACGCCAGCUCCGCAUCAAAUUCCGCAUAUCAAAAUCCAUCAGAAAGCCAGCAACGAAGUAACAAUGAAAAUAAGCGGAACCAACAACCACAACAGUCGCCUAAGCCUUAUUGGAUGGGUCAACCAGAACAACACUGUCUUCCCUCUCGAGAAACGACGCCAAAUCAGAGACCUCCUUCCUACAAUUCAGACUCAUCGAGACCACCUUCUCACCCCCUCUACAUCAACACGUCUCAAGAACAGAGGACGACAAAUUAUUCUUCCAGUUAUCAGGAUCAAUCUUCGUCCUACCCCUCGCAUAUAAUGACGCAGCCACAGCAACCGCAGCAACAUCAGCAAAUCCCUCAGCAACAGCAGCAACAACAGAGCCACUUACAACCGCAUAGUCCUAGAACGCAACCUCCCAAACACCAAUAUAAUAACCAUGGCCAACAAGUCCAUUAUCAACAACCACAUCAACAGAUGAACCAACAACCCGGUGCUGCAGAUUUUCAAUUCACAAGACCUCAUCACAGAGAUGCUCCUUCGAACACUCCUCAUUAUCCUUCACAUAUCCCUCAAAAUUCUGCAUAUCAUCACCAUCCGUCGACUUCACUCAACUCGGUGUUACCUAAUUCUUCACCGAAAGCAGUGAGGAAACCAGACCAGAAUAAAACACCACCUCAUUCGUCGAAUUACACUCCUCAAACUACGUCAUCGACUCAAACAUCCACAGGUUAUGCAAACUAUCAACAAAGUAGAAUGUUCUACCCAGCAAAUUCCUAUGCCAACCAUCAAACCUCGUCAGAUAAUAAGAACUAUACGGCUCCGCAAGGAUAUCCUUAUCAGCAAUCUUCCCAAAUGUGUAAUUCCAAUUUUUAUAAAGGCAUUUAUCCACAUUCAAGUUCGAGUUCAUUGUACAAUUCGAGUACUUCAACUCAUUCAUCAAAACCAGAACAACAGCAAGCUAAUGUUAACUACAAUAAUCAAACUUCGAGAACACAUAAUCUUCCGCCCAUAGCUCAGUUUUCAGAUAGUUAUUCCAAAAGUGUGCGUGAUAACCCGAAGAUAAGCAGUGUGAGAACGCCAUCAAACCCUUCGAAUUCUGCUCCUAUGAUGAAGAAUCAAAAUUCGAAUACUCAUGUGAAUCAGUAUAAUCCAAACUACAAAAUGGAUUAUCAGUAUCAACAAAGGGCUGUAAAUCAACAAUACGUACCUUCUACGUCGGCGGUAACUACGACUACUUCUUCCUUCAAUAGUGUUACUUCCCGAAGCACCAGUGCGUACUCGGUUCAAUCACUCGCUUCAACCAAUAAUCAGUUUCCAUCUAAGCCAUCUCAAAAUGUUUUGAAUUCAAAUUAUAACAGCACAGUCCAACAGAAUAGGCCAAUUGACAUAUCAUCAGUUGGCGAUCAAAGGAAAACCUCAACGGGGUCUCCUCCUUUAGAUCUAUCAGUUAAAACCGUACGCACACCAGCAGAUUCUACGUUGGAUGAUCAUGAUAACGAUCGAUCCCAAUACAUAAAUCGGGUACCUCCAAUUGCUUCAGCCCAUUUUCCAACUUACGAUCCCUUCAGCAUUUCUUACCAGAGGACCACGAAUGCUCAGAGGGUUCCUCAAUCGAACGCAGUGAAUGCUGCCAAGAUGGAGUAUAAUACGAAUUAUGGAAUGCUAGGAAACUCGUCACAAAUGUACAGAUUAGAUCAACGAUCAGCGUCAUCUUUUCAAAAUGCACCUAGUAAUCAAAGAGCUCGUAGCAGCUCCGCUUCACAACAGGAUAACGGAACUUCUGAUCGACAUCCUGUGGCAUCAGCGCCAAAUACUGUCAAUUCGUUUCCACUUUUGGAUAAUCCAACAGUUGGCCAUGGCUUGAAAACAACCGCAGUGUAUUCUACUCAUAUUUCGGAUACCCAAAGAAAAAGACCUGCUGAUACUGCACCUCCUAUUGAUCCCAAAGUUCCAAAAACGGAAUCAUGGAGGCUAACUAUCGAUCGACAGAUAGAACAAAAAUUAUCAACAUAUAAAGAAGACCAAAAAUCUAAAGAAUCCUAUAUUAAUACGACUAAAGAAUCUCUUGUACAUAAUGGAAACUGCAAUACAAAUAAAACUAAGGAUACCUUCAGUAAUAAUUAUAGCAACACAUACCAUGUUGGAUUACCUACACAACAGUCUUUCAAUGUUAGUCAAUAUAAUUCAUAUCCGAACCAUACUCAAACUUACGUACCAUCCCCAGGCAGUCAAUAUAAUACUACGUCGAAUUAUCAUCAAGGCGUUUAUCCUCCAAGAGAACUAAGUCGUUCUAAUUCUAGUUCUUCAUUAUCAUCAGUCAAGGCAAGCUCUGGAGGCGCUGCUGACAAACGAGUUCUAACACUUUUAAGGAACAGUAUAGAAACAAAGGGUGUGAAAGAGGCUCAAAGAAAAUAUGGUCUAGAGCAAUUCAACAAAUAUACGGCACAACCUCAUCAUCGGCCAGACAUUCAACAGCCCUCUACUCAUGUUACAGCUCCAUUACAACCUAGACCAGCUUUCAUGGGAAGGCAAAAUGUUUCACCGUUCACACCGAACAGUUUACCAGAAGGUAAUAAUACCACACCCUUAUUCAACAAACUACACGUCCCUAGAGCAAUAGACUCUAUCAACUUCGAGAUGAAUAAGAGCAUUGCGAAUGUAGCUAAUAAGCAAUUAGAAGCUGUGAUAAAUGACCAGAAUAAUCCAAAUAGUGAUUUAGAUGGUCUAGCUGCCUUUUUAGCGGCAAGGAUCAGAACGAAGGCUGAACUGAAACAAGUGAGUCCUAAUCAACAAGCGAACAACAACAGCAAUAACACCGUUGAAAACGUUGAAAAUCUAAUAAGAGCCACCCCGAAACAAGAAAAUCUGUCUUUGAAUAAUUCAUCUGCAUCCUCAUGUUCUAUCAAUAUUCCCAAAUUGUCGAAAGAGUACCUGCCAUUGCCUCAACCGAGAAAGAGGUUAUUCAGUAGAUCAGAAGACGAUAACGGCCACGCAUCUACUAAAGAUUUACCCGCUAGGGAUAAAUCAGGAUUAAGGAGUUCUUCUGAGACAUCCGUAUUUGAUUUUCCUGAUUCGGGAUCUGAUGGCGAAAUGCCAGUAUUGGAAAUGCAGAGUCUAAAUGCUAUGAGAAAAGAUAGAAAAUCUUCGUUGAAGCAAUCAUCAAAUACUGAAAUUAAAGAUAUUAAACCUGAGGUGAGCCAGAGGCCGCUCACCCCAGAAGAUGAUAUUUUCCUCCAAGCAUGCGAUACGUUUAUGGAUCAACUGAAAGCAGGGAUUGGUAAAAAGCGCGGCAGAAGGAAAAAAGCUCUUGAACCUGAUGUACUGGCAAAACUUGAAACUGUCACUAAAGAAAACCCCAUUGAAAUGGAGGUGAAAAUUAAAGAAGAAAAACCAGAUGAAAUUCUAGAAAGUAGGAAUGAUAUCAAAUACCAAAGCACAGAACCUUCCUCUCUUAACCAAUCGUCAUCUCUAAUGAAUGAAAAGGAUCUUCCUACCAAUAUAUCUGAUCAAGUUCUAGAAGAACCAAAUUUAACAAUGGUUAAGACAGAGAUACCUGACGAACCCGAAGAGAAAAAUAAAGAGGUUGCAGAAGAAACAGAUAAGGUACAACAGGAUGAAUUAAGUGACAGUGAUAGCGAAACAAUCAAACAAUUAUCCAAUAAGUUGAAGAAUAAAUCACGCUGCGAGUCAGACAAUAAAAGCCAACCGAAAGAGCUUCAUGUUCUUGUGAGCAAGCCUACCAAAAAACCGCCAUUUGGCGAUGGAUCAGCUUUUUAUCCAGGUUGGGAAGAAGAAGUUUACAAAUAUAAAAAAUCGCUAAGAAUGCCACCAAGUUUGAUACAAGUGAGGCCUCCUUCAUCUAUGAGAUUAUCCACCUCUCUCCCAGAUUUAGACCCUUGUCAUAGCCCUGCUUCGUCAACCAUACCUGAAAGAGACGACGAUUCGAAGAAUAUAUAUAGUAAGGUGAAGUCUGAACCAUUUGAUAGUGAUGUUGAGUCGAAUUCUAGCUUCAACUUGUUCAAUUCCAAAAAUAAUUAUGACUCUGAAGGUGGUUCAUCCAUAAGGAGUUUACCCACUCCUGUUAAAGAUUCUAUAGUGGAUAAAUUAUUGCAAAAAUGUGGUAAAAAGAAAAAGAGGAAAUACAAGAAAAAAGAGGAAAAAGAGGAAACUGGACCAAAAAUCAUACCUAAAGCUGAAAAUCCUGUUGAACUGCUGCCUACUCCAAGUUUGGAAAUCAAAACUAAUGAUAAAAAGAAGUCAGUUAUAAAAACUGAAGCUCCGAUAUUAGGUUUUAGGAAAAGAACCGUUGAAAACUUCAAAGAUGCUUUCCUAAAUAAGGCUAGUAAUAUUGUUGGUAUUAAUGAACAAUUUUCAACAGUUAUAUUGAAAUCUAGAACUCGAAAGGAGACAAGAGUAAUGAAACAACGAGCUACAAUCAAAGAAGUUUUUGGUGAAGACAGGCCAGCCUCUGCACCUCCUCUGAGUUGUAUCAACGUUGAUCUCAAAAACAUUAAAAAAGAAGUGGAAGAACCAACUUCUACUGAGGAAACUAGAAAAAAAUUAAAUACUAGUUCUAUGCAUUCACUCAAAAAUAAACUAUUAGGGCGAGGAAAAGCGAAAAAUAAUCUGUUGAAAUCUAUAGCUGAUAAAAGAUUGAGAUCAGAAGUACUGGAUGAGUUAUCUGCGGACAAAGAGAUAAAAAGUAAAUCUCGUGAUCAGUCUCCUUCGGUGUUGAGUGAAGAUGUGGAUAGUAAAUCAGAAACUGUCUCUCUGGACGGUGAAGACAAUACCAUUUCGGCGAAAAAACGUGGUAAAAUGAACAAAAUUAGACGAAAAUGCAGUUCUGGAUUUGACUACAUACGUAAAAAGAAAAAAAAUGUGAAAAAAGACUUGGAUCAAAUAGAACCGAAUACUAAGAAGAAAAAGCGGGAACCAGCCCUUAAAGCCUCACCAGAGUCAGAACAAGAUAUUCAGAAAGAAAUCAAAAGCUGGGUUCUCAACAAAGGUGUUGGUGAAACCCACCUUCAUCGAUCUGCUCGACUUGGCUAUACGGAUGUAACUGCCUACUGUUUGGAAAAAAUGGAAUGUUCUCCCUCUCCAAGAGAUAAUGCAGGAUACACUCCUUUGCAUGAAGCUUGCUCCAGAGGUCAUCUCGAUAUUGCAAGAUUACUGCUGAUGUACGGGGCUAACGUUAGUGAAUCUGCAAAAGGUGGCAUUAGACCUCUUCAUGAAGCCGUUGAAAAUGGCUUUGUAGAAAUUAUAAGACUGUUACUUUCCUAUGGUGCUGACCCAAAACUGGCAACUUACGCUGGAUCGACUCCGUUAUCUUUGGCAUCUGAUGAAAAUACAAAAAUGUUACUAUUGAAUCAUAUGGUUGAUUUGGAAGGAAAAUCAAUGACUCCUUGGUCUUUCAAUGGCCCGUCUUCUUGUUUCGACUCGAAAGAUGCAGGAUUUGAUAUAUUCAGCUCACCUCCGCAUCCAGAUCCAUUAUCAGAUGAAGAAGAUAUGGAGUUUGAAGUAUCUGAAUUUCUCCUACCCAAUCUGUACACACUACGAGGUGAAGCUCAGGGGGACCGCUGGGUACUACUUCAAGAUCUCUCUAACAUCCUGAAAAUAAAGUCACGGGAUGCUCUCUUGAAACAAAUAUGUCCCACUCCACCUCCAGGUACUGCACCAAAUUACAAGAGUAUCUUGAGAGAACUGAAAUCUUCUGACUUCAUGGAACAAGCGCAUUGUUGCCAGUUUUUGAACGCUAGUGAAAAAAUAAAUUUGCGUGCUUCGAAAAUCGCGUUAGUUAAAUAUACUGAUAAAAUUAGAGAACUUUUGAAAAUUGAGGAAGUUGUCAUAACUGCAAGGUGACCACUUGACUAAAACUAUUUAAUAGAUAAGUGUUGACGUGAUAUUACAUCUUAUUAUGUAUGAUUAUUUUUUUAUUACCUAUAUAAGUUCUUUAUUCAAUUAUUUUAGUUGAUUUAUGUAUUGGUGCUCCAUCUAAAAUAAUUUACUUAACAUUAUUACCACUAUGUAAUAUUUUGUUUAUGUUUAUAUGAAAUUUAAAUUAAAGUUUAUUUAUUUUAUUUAGAGUUAUAAUAAAAAUGAUCCUGGGUUACCAUGCUUAAUUAGGUACAUUUUAAGAUUGAAAAACCUACAUUAUGAAUUGAGUAACUGAGAGUUGUGCAAUUAUUUUGAAAAUGCGUAUAUAGCUUUGAUUGUAAAAUUAAGUAAGUAAAUCAAAAGUAUUUUAGACAGUUGUAUAAAAACAAAGAUACUCAUUUGAACUAAGUAUUAUAUUAUUUGAUCAAUCAUGUAUCAUUAACUCAGGGAAGAUUUUGUUUGAAAUGUGUUUACCAUUAGUUCAAAUAUAUCUUGUUAGUAUGGUAAAUAUAAAAGAAUAACAGCUUCAGUAAUAUUAUGAAAUUCAAUUGAAAACUCUUCCAGAAUAUGCAAAAGGCAGCUUGAUUUUAUAAUGAUUUUCGAUUUAUCAAUAAUGGAAUUGAAGAGAGUUUUUCUAAUUUCAUAUGGUUAUAUUUUAAUAUUUGAAGUUCCUUAGUUGUAUAAAUUCUUGUGAAUAUGAAAAUUUGUAUGUAACCUCUGAUGAUAAUUACUAUGGAACUGAAGCUGAUUUUCCCUGUACAUUUUAGGUCAUGUGACAUAUAUCUUAUACUAUAUGCUGAACGCGAGUUAUAAGUUCUGCUUAUUAAAUCUAAAUGGGAUGAUUGUACAGAAAAAGAGUUAUCUGUGAUGCGCAAUGGUGGCAAAGUGCAAUGCUUUUUUUACAUGAUGUAAUAAACAUAUUGUGAUUUGCCAAGUUGCCCUACAUGUGCGAACUUAGGAAUUACUAUUAUUUACAAUGUUUUUUAACAUUUUUAAAUGUUUUCUGUUCUACAAAACUUGUGAAUAAAAAUCAUCAAAUCAAA